AUUACUCUCUGAGACACAUCAACCAUAAUGAUAAACGACAACAUUAUCUCCAGUGAACAACGUUGGCAAUGAGCAAUCUUGACCACUACUGACCACCAUAUUAAAAUUUAUCCACGCCAUCCACCACACUUUCUUCAACUCCGUCCGCAUCAACGCUAACGAACGAUAACUCGUCUGUGCAGAAAAAGGGAGAUAAUUCACGUUGUGAACCCUAGCAUGUUAUUUUAAAAACCUCCACCGUACUGCAACACCAACCUGCCCGCCAUGUCGAUGACCAGUGUGUGGACAGGAUUCUGUCCCCUGCUUCUGCUCUUCCUCGUGCAAGCUGUGACGUCAUUCGACCAUUUACAGGAACAGAGGAUCCAACUGAAAAAGGCUGAGUUUGAUUGUUUCAAGACUAUAAUGAAUGUAACAAGGCCUGAUGAUGGAGAACUGUACUGCGAGCCUGCCUGGGACAACAUUAUGUGCUGGCCCAACUACACGAGAGCGGGGGAGACAGCCACACAGUACUGUGCCUGGUACAUCGAUGGCUUCAACAUCAGAGAGAAAGCAUCCCGAAUGUGCCUCAGUGACGGGACUUGGAAGAUCCACCAUUACACCAACAGUUCUUGGACAGACUUCGGCAACUGCAUGAUACGACACGACAGCGUGCCAGAGUUUAUCAAGCAAAACAUGCCGAUUGUUUCCAAGAUCGCCACAGUCGGCUACUCGCUGUCGCUUGGUGCGUUGCUGGUGGCUACCUCCAUCAUGGUUUGCUUCAGGCGGCUCCACUGCCAGAGGAACACGAUCCACAUCAACCUGUUCAUCUCCUUCAUGUUCCGAGCUGCCGUCAGUGUCCUCAAGAACGGGCUGCUCGUCCAAGGGUUUGCCCUGCCCAAAGACGUCGUGGUCAAGGAGAAUGGGGAGCUACAGUUCAUCAAAGACGAUAUUCACUGGGAGUGCAAGCUACUCACCACCCUGUGGCACUACUCGCUGAGCGCCAACUACAUGUGGAUAUUUGUAGAAGGCCUGUAUCUGCACACGCUCAUCUUCUUCGCCGUCUUCUCACAGUCCCGGAAGUUCUUUAAAAUCUACAUCGUCAUUGGCUGGGUUCUGCCCAUGUUGUUUUUGAUUCUGUGGGUCGUACUAAGGGUGCACCUGGAUGACCUUUACUGUUGGAACAUGGACAGCCACGGAGUGUACUGGGCCCUGCACGGGCCAAUAGUGGUCUCCAUCUCGAUCAAUUUUUUCUUCUUCCUCAACAUCAUCCGGAUGCUGUUUACAAAAAUCAGGAACUGCAACACCAGGGACCCAGGUAGAUACAGAAAACUGGCCAAGUCUACGCUGGUUUUGAUCCCACUGUUUGGUGUGUACUUCCUGUACUUUUUCAUCAUGUCGCACAUCAAGGCCGUUCAUCUUGCGGUCAUUCACAUUUAUAUAGAGACUGUGCUCAAUUCGUUUCAGGGUACAAUCAUUGCGUUUCUCUUCUGUUUCUUGAACGGGGAGGUCAGGGCCGAGGUCAUGAAGCGCUGGAACCGCCACUGGCUGCGACGUCAGAGCAUCGCCUCCGGGAGGUCAUCGCGGGCCUUCUCCACCACCUCCUUCUACAUCGGGCGCGACCGGACCAGCGUCUCCCAGGGGAUUCCCCUAACCGAGGCCUUCUCCAAGGACGGCACCACCACCACCACCACCACCCCGCCACACUCACCAUUCAACAACAACAACUCGAGAAUUUUCCACAAAGUGGCCAGCAUGCCCAAGAUGCCUUUCAGUGCCAUCGCUCUGCCCAAGCCCAUCCCGCGGGUCUCCAGCUCGCCGAAGGUGACCUUCAGUGAAACGCUGGCGGAGGUGGAUCGAAUCCCACCGACGCCGAACGGGGGUCCGGUUUUAAAAAGUAAAACCCACGCCAACGGUGACGCGUCGAGGAUAGACGAAACCACGACGCUGUUGUGUAACGGCGUCGCCCCGGCGACCGAGGAUCUAACCCAGCCCGGGGAGGCGUCCUCGCACCACGCACAUUCAGGGCCGACUUGGACGGUUAAGUACAGGUCAUCGCCAGAAGAUGGCGCAGUGCUCACCACGCUCAACAGCGUGAGUCAUCUGCCCCCGCUACUGGACGAGGAGGAAGAAUAAAACGUCACAGGCGCUGGCGAUAAACUGACGAGAUUUCAUGAGAUUUUACGAAAUUUAACGAGAUUUUACGAGAUUUCACGAGAUUUUACGAGAUUUCAAGAUUAACCAAUCUGACAAAACGGUACAGAUUCUGAUAACCAAAAUGACUAACGGAGCCCCAUGAAAUUUUUUGAUUUCAAACAAGUGAGAAUAAAAACAUUGGGUUUUACCAGGAUAUAAUAUUUUAGCAUGAAGUGAUGACCCCCUUAACGAGAUGCCACUGUACAGAUGAGACAACGGAGAGUUUAUUUAGUAUGAAGUGAUGUCCCCUUGACUGAAUGUCGUAAUAUAUGGGAGUUAACUCGAUAUCAACGUACCCAGUAACAAUAUUGUCGAUUUAUUCGACUGAUACACACUUAAAGAUGUGGUAAAGUACAUUCUCUGUAUUGAAAUCACGUGGUUUUUUAUGUGUCUCAUGUGACGUGUUUGCAAAUACCAAAUAAUGUUUAGCUUUAUUGUUAUAAAAUCAUUUCUGUGUUGAACUAAUUGUAUACAGUUUAGCGUACAUGCGAGAGAAGAGUCCGACUGAAGAAACACAGACCUAUCUCCACGAAGCGAGAAUUUUUACAAGUCAACGAUCUGCAAAACCCAACUAUUCACACAAGUCAACGAUAUCCACAACUCAGCUAUUCACAUUACGAAAUUAUAUCAACAAUUCCACUAUUCCCACAGAGCAACUAACCCCACAACUCAACUAUUCACACAAGGAAACUAUCUACACAACGAACCUACUCCUAUAAUUCAUCUAUUUCCAAAACUUAACUAGAAAUAGCAAUCAAAUGAACUUGGAUUUAAUGUUAUUGUAAUUUAAUUACAUGGGACAGCGUGGCCUAGAGGUAGAGUGUUAGACUGCUAGCCCGAAAGUCUCGAGUUCGAAACCAGGUUCAGUUUAGUAGAACCUUCCUGAGUCAACCCAGCUCUAUCCC